GGCCCUCACUCUAAAGUUAAUUUUUAAUCCUUCGUCAGGGUGACAUCCUGCAUGCAUGGCAAUAUGUAUUGUGAAUUGAUGUGUUACCACCUGACAUAAAAGUUAACUGGUGUCACUAACUUUUUUUUAUCUUCCGACUCUUCAAUGCUUUGGAUGUCCAUCUCACUUUUGGGAUCAUGGCUGGAUUUUUAAAAUGUUUGUGGAGGUUUAGGAAUUUCAUUGUAAUAAUCCUUACACCUCUCUUACUUCUGGCUCUGCCGCUUGUCAGCCCAACCCCGGAGGCAAAAUGUGGUUUUGCGAUAAUCCUCAUGGCGCUGUACUGGUGUACAGAGUGUAUCCCUCUGGCUGUGACAGCUCUGCUGCCUGUUGUCCUCUUCCCAAUGAUGGGCAUCAUGGAAGGAACUGAGGUAGUUCUAAAUCUAUACUUGAUAGUGAUCGAUUAUUACGUUUUAAAUUUUUUUAAAUUAUUAUUAUUCUCCCUAUUUUUUUGUAGGAUUAACAAGUCAGCGAGCUCCAGAAUAUUUUUUGCUCUUCAACAUGAUUUUAUUUUGAUUAUCUUUUCUUCUCUUGUCCAGGUUUGCAUUCAGUACCUGAAAGACUCCAACAUGCUGUUUUUUGGUGGGCUGGUGGUGGCCAUCGCUGUGGAGCACUGGAACCUGCACCAGAGGAUCGCCCUUCAAGUUCUGCUUGUUGUGGGGGUGAAGCCAUCACUCCUGAUGAUGGGUUUUAUGAGCACCACGGCCUUCCUGUCCAUGUGGAUCAGCAACACAGCUGCCACAGCCAUGAUGCUGCCCAUCUCCAGCGCUGUGCUGCAGCAGCUGUCUGACACAGAGGCCAACGCUGAAGAAAGAGAAUAUAGGCUGACUGCUGCAAUGGCUGGUCAGGACAACCAGACGUUUGAGUUGGAUGACACCAAACAAACCAACAACAAGGAGCUCAAACCAGAGGACAGCAGCAUCAGCAUGGAUAAAGAUCAAGAUGGUAACUUCAAAGGCAUGAAAGAACUCACGGAAAAUGGUGUUACAUCAAAUGUUUGUGACAUGAGUCCUGACUCAGAGCAGCGAAGACUGAAGAGGGAGCAGAAAUAUGCAAAACUGUUAAAAGGCAUGAGCCUGAGUGUUUGUUACUCCGCCACCAUUGGAGGAACGGCCACUCUCACUGGAUGCACACCCAACGUCAUUAUGAAGGGCCAGCUUGAUGAACUCUUUCCAGAAAACGGGGGCAUAAUCAACUUUGCAACCUGGUUUGGCUUCGCGUUCCCCACCGUGGUGCUAAUGCUUGCCCUGUCUUGGUUGUGGAUCCAGUUUAUGUUUUUGGGCUUUAACUUGAAAAAGUCCUGUGGAUGUGGCACAAACAAAGAUGGUGACAGGGAGGCCUACCGAGUGAUCAAAGAUCAGUACAAAAAGUUGGGCGGGAUGACCUUCGCUGAGGUCUGUGUGCUGGUUAUCUUCACGUUGGUGGUUCUGAUGUGGUUCACCAGAGAGCCUGGGUUCAUACCCGGCUGGGCCACUGUGCUCUUCAACAAAGACAAACCGUACGUCACAGAUGGCACUGUGGCCAUAUUAAUGUCAUCACUCUUCUUCUGCAUCCCGUCUAAUUUGCCCAGAUGCUUUGGGAAGUCCAAAGAUGGGUCACCUCCAGAAGCCCCCACACCGAUGCUUAAUUGGGGUGUUGUCAAUGAAAGGAUGCCUUGGAACAUCAUUUUGCUCCUGGGAGGGGGCUUUGCUUUGGCCCACGGAAGUGAGAAAUCUGGACUUUCUAAGUGGCUGGGAGAAUGUCUCUUACCGCUGCAGAGUGUCCCUCCUUUUGCCAUCUGCAUCCUUCUGUGUCUGCUGGUGGCCAUGUUCACCGAAUGUUCCAGCAACACCGCCACCACCACGCUAUUCCUACCAAUAGUCGCCUCCAUGGCUACUGCCAUUAAAAUCCACCCGAUGUAUGUCAUGCUUCCCUGCACCCUCGCUGCCUCGCUGGCUUUCAUGCUGCCUGUGGCCACUCCACCCAACGCCAUCGCCUUCUCCUAUGCCGACCUUAAAGUCAUGGACAUGGCCAAGACUGGAUUCAUGCUGAACUUAAUUGGAAUCAUUGCCAUCAACAUUGCCAUCAACACGUGGGGCGUUGCCAUGUUUCAGUUGAAUACCUUUCCAAGUUGGGCAAAUGUGACCAAGAGUCAUUGAAUGUGAACUCAAGGAAAAUAUCUUCCUGUUUAUCAGGAUUCCACCACUGGAGGAUUGCGCUGGCACAUGUCUUGGUAUUUGUCAUUAAGGCUCCAUCGUAUGCUCACACCAGUGCAGGCUAGUAUGCAAAUAGGUCUGUCCUUGAGCGAUGACACAGGUGCCCCUUUCGAUCUUUUACUCUACUUCACAGUGGGUAUGCUGAUCUGAAAUUUUGGAGUACUGUUCUGUGAUUUUUUUUUUCAACUGAACCAAAUUUCAGGUCAUUUAGAUAAAUCAUCUCGGGGACACUCUACCAAGCAGAUCAGAAGUUUGUUUUCUCAGUCAAAAAUGCCAUUUUUCUGUAGGAUUAACUUUAAUUUCAUGUGAAAGACAUGUUAUUUAAAACCAUUUUUAAUGCAAGCAGAUGCCAUUCUGAAUUGCAGUUAAUAUAUUGUUGCUAAACAUUUACAUUGUGAGUUCUAAUUGCAUUUGUAAUAAACAGUGUUACAUUAUUUGUUUAACCAAUAGAAAAAUGCCAGUGAUUUAGUUUUUUGCUAUUUGCAUACACUUAUGAUUGUAUCCCUUUAGACAGUAUGAUUGUUAUUUUUUAGCAGAUACUUGAAUCGCUCCUGUUAUUAAAAAUACUGAAUGGUUAACUAUG